GGAAGAAAUACUUGGAGGAGAGGAGACGCAUCCUCUGCGCAGUGGUGGAGGCAACAUCUUCCAGUGAGCGUCGGACUCCUCUUGUACUUUGAGCUCUUUUCUUUCUCAUUGCUGAGUUUUUUGUUUGGUUCAUGAAACGUGGAUUGCGAUGUGGAUUUACAAGCUACUGCUGACUCUCUCCGUGCUGUCCUACUCAGAGGGCCGAAGAAAUGCACUGCAGGACUACCAGAGGACUGAUGGCGUGCGCCUGGUUGCCACAUCCUCAAGCCCCUCCCUUUUGACCAAAAGCCGGAAGGUCGGCAUGGCCAAGUGUGCUCGAACCUGCAGCCGCAACAGAAAACUCCCUUUCACCUGCAGAGCGUUCCUCUAUGAUUACCAAAACGGGAAAUGCCAGUGGCUGUCUUUUGACCGCAACUCGCCCGUCGCCCAGACGCAACACGACUUGAACGUCCAACUGUAUCAAAAGAAAGACUACGUUCGUGAGUGCAUCACGGGUACUGGUGAGAGCUACAGGGGUCGAAGAUCAGCGACAGUUAGUGGGAUACAGUGCCAGGCUUGGAUUUCCCCUAUUCCUCAUGAACACAAAUUCACGUCCAGCCGCUUCAACAAGAAGGACCUAAGGGAGAACUACUGUCGAAACCCGGACAACUCCACUGAUGGACCGUGGUGCUUUACCACCGACCCGCGCCGCAGACACCAGGAGUGUGGAAUACCGCAAUGCUCUCAGGUGGAAUGCAUACAUUGUAACGGGGAGGACUACAGAGGACCCAUGGACCACACGGAGAGUGGAAAGGAAUGCCAACGCUGGGAUCUGGAGGAGCCACACAAGCAUCUGUACCAACCUGACAGGUAUCCUGACAAGGGCCUUGAUGAUAACUACUGCAGGAAUCCAGACGGACGCCAGAGGCCCUGGUGCUUCACCACCGACCCAAACACAAGCUGGGAGUACUGCGCUAUCAAAAUUUGUGAAUCGCCUCUAAAAAGAACUGUGGUGGAAACCAGUGAGUGCUACCAGGACAAAGGAGAAGCUUAUAGGGGGACGGUGGACAUGACCCCCACUGGGCUCACCUGCCAACGCUGGGACUCGCAGUACCCCCACAACCACUCUUUCAUUCCGCAGGCGUACACUUGCAAGGAUUUGAGAGAAAACUAUUGCCGGAAUCCAGAUGGCCAAGAAUUCCCAUGGUGCUUCACAACGGACCCGAGAGUGCGCACCAUGUUCUGCACCAACAUCCCUCAAUGCGGCUCCCAAAACAAGCCUGAUUGCUAUGAAGGCUUUGGAGAGAAAUAUCGAGGGGAACGGUCAAGGACGAGAUCCAAUCUGCCUUGCUCUCCCUGGGAGGAGCACAGCCACAGUGGCGAGAGGGGAAUGACAGUCGCAGGCCUUGAGAAAAACUACUGCAGAAACCCUGAUAAUGACAAACACGGACCGUGGUGUUACACCAACAAUUCUGCCAUUCGUUGGGACUACUGCAACGUGAAACCAUGUGAUGCAUCCCAGAACACCAUUCCAAUAGGUGAACUGUCCUCCGUGGGGUGUUUCGUCCAUAAGAGGGCCCGAAUCGUCGGCGGAGGUCCGUUGCACGUGUCAGCCGGCAGCUGGAUGGUCAGCAUACAAAAAGGAUCGACGCACUGGUGUGGGGGUUCGCUGGUACGAGAGGAGUGGGUACUCACAGACAGACAGUGCUUCUCCUCGUGCGUUCCUGAUCUGAACGAGUAUCGGGUAUGGCUGGGGGUGACCAAUAUCGCAGACCCAGCUGAUUGGGACACGAAACAAGAAGUGCGCAUAGCACAGGUGAUAUGCGGUCCCGAAGGUUCCAGUUUGGCCCUGCUAAGACUCUCAAAGCCAGCACGCCCCGCUGACAACGUGCACAUCAUUCAGCUGCCAGUGGACGGCUGCUCCAUUCCUGAAGGAACACUUUGUAAAAUGUACGGAUGGGGAGAGACCAAAGGUACAGGCUAUGACGACAUCCUGAAGGCUGUCAACCUUCCCAUCGUGAGCAACGAACGAUGCGGAGAGCUGCACCGGGGAAGCCUGCACAUCACCAACAGCAAAAUCUGCGCGGGAGGUCGCAGGAACGAGGGCGUGUGUGAGAGGGAUUACGGCGGCCCUUUGGUGUGUCAGGAUGGUGAGAUCAAGGUCGUGAUCGGCGUGAGCGUCCACGGCCGAGGCUGCGCUCGCGCCAAUCGGCCCGCCAUUUUCGUCAACGUGCCCUUCUACACACAGUGGAUCUACAAAGUCUUUAGGCAUUACCCUGAGCCUGAGCUCAGUGCCGAAUAACCCGGCCAGGUGGUUACGCCGGAAACUACUCAGGAGGACUCCUCAUCUUGUAAGUUGUACGCAGAUGAGAGGAAUGCUUAAUAGUGGAGAAGAAAUCUAAUGGAAGAUUUGAACACGCCAGGAACAGAUGUCACACUCGCUCUGACAGUAAAUGAUGGUAAUUAACAGGAAAAAAUAGCCCAUUUGCGAUUCAGGUGUUUGGUAGGAAAUAAAAACAGCUAAUAGCAAUGAGAUGGCAGCAUAAAAUGUCCUACUCUAUUUUAAAUUCUAAAUGGAAAUUAGAAAGAAACGAUAGUCUCCCCUUCUGCUGGUUAAGAAGGGCCACUGCCUCUUGUGCAUCGUCCACACUGGUACUGUAGUGAACACGAUAAAGGUGUGUUAAAUGUGUGAAUACUUUGGAUUCCUGGCAUUACUUGAAACCUUUAAACACCAAAGCGUGGUGGCUCCACGACCCCUCCCUCCCCCCACCAAGUGCAUUUGGCGGCCAGGAUCGGCCAGCCAUGCUAGUACUUUUGUGUACAUAGUAUUUAAUGAGUGUGUUUGUGGCACUCCAUGUUGGGUCUUACAGACCUAUGGCCGAAAAAAAAUAUGAAUUUCCAAGAAAGUAAUCAGCUAUUCAUUCACAUCAUGGUGUGUGUCUGUGUGUAUAUACACCGUAAUUUCUGGACUAUAAGCCUCACCUGAUUAUAUACCUAAUCAAAGCCACUGACUUAUGUCUAUGUGCUUGUAUAAAUACUGUACAGUAUACUAAGUAUUAAGUUUGUUCCUUGUUUUCUGCUCUGUUUUGACAGUUUAACUUGUAUGAGCUUUAAAAUAUAUUUUUUAUUAGCUUGUGUUUUGCAAUUGGGGUUGCGCACAUCCAAAUGUUUUAGUGCAGGGUUCCUUAAAUUUGGGUUUGCAAAACAAAUAUCCACUUAUCUUUUAAAAUAUUGAUUUAAUGUAGGUCAGGGAUAUUUAACUCCAGUCCUCGAGGGUCAGUUUCCUACGUGUUUUAGAUGGGGCCCUCCUCUAACACGCCUGAUUGAAAUGAUGAGCUCCUUGGAAAGCUCUGUAGAAGCUUGAUAAUGAGCCUUCAAUGCUCUACAGAGAAACCCAUUUUUCUUUGAAAAAUAACUUAAUGAGAGGCAUUACAUUUUUUGGGGUUCAUUUUUUUUUUCUGAAAUGCUGGAAUAUCAUGACUUAUUUAUAAUUAUUGUAUUAUGAACAUUAUGGCAAUAAUGAUCAUGAUCGUUUAACCCCAGUUACGCCAAUUUGGAAUUGUUCCUUAUGCCCAUCCCGACUUGCAAAAGUGUCCCCGUGUAUUUGUGCCCUCUACAUACUGUGCAGUAUUUUUUUUCUCUGUAUAACCCAUCCACAAAAAUCAACCCUUCCCCCAUCCAGUAUAUUUAAUGUGUAAUCCCCUUUUUGUGUUAUGUGAGGUAUUCUAUCAUGCGUCCCAUUUAAUAAAUCUCUUUGUCAUCU